UUAAGCAGGAAGUGGAGUAGUGACGUCAACACAUACAUGUCGACAUGGAACUGCCAGUGAUUUUUUAUCACAAAACGUCGCUUUCGGAUUUAAACCAGCUUGUUUGAGAAUGAAAGGCGUUAGCUGCAAAGUUUUGUUGCUGUCCCUAUUGCUGUUAUUUGUAAAUAAAUGCGUGCCAGAGCGAGUUGAGAGCGAAAACUCGUUGGACCUGAUUGAGAGAGAUGUCGACGGAGGAAAUGUGAACCAUAAGGAUACUACUCCGGCUGUAAACGAUCGAAAAUUAACACAACAUAAAAAUAAAGAUGGGCCCGAUUUAAACGACCAGCAGAGGGAUGGACAGUCUGUCAGCAAAUCCAAUGACACUGACAACUAUACCAAUGAGACCCUCCACUCUACAAAACCAACUGUCAAGCCGACAACCCCAGCACCUCCAACCCCUAAGCCCAUUCUGCCUGUGCAGACAGGGGUCAAAGCCCAAGAAGAAGAGCAGUCCAGCGGAUUGACCAUAUUCUUUAGCCUGCUGGUUAUUGGUAUCUGCAUCAUAUUGGUGCACCUGCUUAUCAAGUUCAAGCUGCAUUUUCUUCCAGAGAGUGUUGCUGUUGUGUCGCUUGGCAUUCUAAUGGGAGGCUUCAUCAAGAUCAUUGAGUUCCAGGAACUGGCCAACUGGAAGGAGGAGGAAAUGUUCCGACCCAACAUGUUCUUCCUUUUGCUCCUGCCGCCCAUCAUCUUUGAAUCUGGAUACUCCUUACAUAAGGGUAACUUCUUCCAGAACAUUGGCUCCAUCACCCUCUUUGCUGUGAUCGGCACGGCUAUCUCUGCCUUCAUAGUCGGAGGAGGUAUCUAUUUCCUGGGGCAGGCUGAUGUGAUCUAUAAAAUGACCAUGACUGAUAGCUUUGCCUUUGGCUCGCUGAUCUCAGCUGUGGACCCUGUCGCUACCAUCGCCAUCUUUAACGCCCUCAACGUGGACCCGGUCCUCAACAUGUUGGUGUUUGGUGAGAGCAUCCUCAACGACGCUGUCUCUAUUGUCCUUACCAACACAGCAGAGGGCUUCUUUUCCCGCUCAGACAACUCCAUGGUAACAGGCUGGGAGACUUUUGUGCAAGCGUUGGGUUAUUUCCUCAAAAUGUUUUUUGGUUCUGCUGCUCUGGGAACCCUCACUGGACUCAUCUCGGCUCUUUUUCUUAAACACUUUGACUUGAGGAAGACUCCUUCACUGGAGUUUGGCAUGAUGAUCAUCUUCGCGUACCUGCCUUAUGGCCUGGCAGAGGGCAUCAAAUUGUCUGGUAUUAUGUCCAUCCUGUUUGCGGGAAUUGUGAUGUCUCACUACACCCAUCACAACUUGUCUCCUGUCACCCAGAUCCUCAUGCAGCAGACACUGCGCACCAUGGCCUUCAUGUGUGAAACAUGUGUGUUUGCCUUCCUUGGUCUCUCCAUCUUCAGCUUCCCUCAUAACUUUGAAAUAUCCUUUGUCAUCUGGUGCAUAGUCCUUGUUCUUCUCGGCCGCGCCGUGAACAUCUUCCCUCUGUCAUUCCUACUUAACUUUUUCAGAGACCACAAGAUCACACCUAAGAUGAUGUUCAUCAUGUGGUUUAGCGGCUUGCGAGGAGCUAUCCCCUACGCUUUGAGCCUUCAUCUGGGCCUGGAACCCAUUGAGAAGCGCCAGCUAAUUGGCACCACCACCAUCAUCAUUGUGCUUUUUACCAUCCUCCUCAUGGGAGGCGGGACCAUGCCACUCAUCCGCAUCAUGGACAUUGAGGAGAGCCAGUCACGGCGGAAGAACAAAAAAGACAUCAAUCUCAGCAAGACAGAGAAAAUGGGUAAUACUAUUGAGUCAGAGCACCUGUCGGAGCUGACAGAGGAGGAAUAUGAGGCUCAGAUCUACCAGAGACAGGAUCUGAAGGGCUUUAUGUGGCUUGAUGCUAAGUACCUUAACCCCUUCUUCACUCGGAGGCUCACACAAGAGGACCUAUUACAUGGCCGGAUCCAGAUGAAAACCCUAACCAACAAGUGGUACGAAGAAGUUCGCCAGGGGCCCUCAGGCUCAGAGGAUGAUGAGGAUGAAGCGGAACUUCUGUGAACUGAACAAACACUUUCAGUUCAUAAGAAAACAAUGAAUGGACAUUGUGUGUCCUGGAUUGAGGGAGUGUGUGUGUGUGUGAGAGAUAGAGAGAAAGAGUGUGUGUGUGUUAGACACAGAAGACAAGCACUCUUUUCAGUGUCAGUCACAUGCACUCCUUGUUUGUUCACCUGCCACCAAAUUUAUGUGACAGAAGAGUCUCAGUCAGUGCCCACUCUGCUGGAACGUGUAAAAUCAGAGGAACCUCAGAAAAACUGGAUGAGAGGAAAACAAAUAUGUGAAAAAUGACGUUCCGCCAUAUGAAUGCCAUAUUGUCACUAAUCUGUUUGAGCAGCACAUGAGAAAGUUGGUUGAUCCUGAAAACCUUUCCCAUGUGUUUCAUUUAUAAAUGUUUGAUCUGAAAGGAAGCUUGGAGGGAAAUUUUCUAUGUAAAGCAAUACUAGAGCACCUUUUCACGUUUGUAUUGUUCAUUGCUGUGUGGCACUAGCUUGAAGUUUUACUUUGUUUCAGGGGAAUGAUGCAACAAAUUGUCAGGCUCCGUUUUAAAAGUGGAAAUUGUAAAAAGCUGCAGAUCGCUGCUUUGAACUGUUAAUUUAGAUUUAAUUCUCUCUGGGUUUCCAUGUUUGUAUGCACCCCAUUGAUGAUUCACAGGUUAUGUAUAAAAAACAUAUAUACAUACAUAUUUAAUGACAAUAAAAUACAAAAAGUGACGUAUGAGCUACUACUGCACCUUCCAGCUACAAGGCAACAAAGAGAAAUAUGGGAGUGUUAAAACUAGUGAAACUUGUUGGGCAAAACUAAUCAUUUUCAAAACAUUCAAACACCUAGCUUACAGGAGAAUAAUAACGCUCAAGGAAGUUGGAAAAUGCUUUUAUUUCUGAGAAUGUCUACAGUUUGAUUUCCAGAAAUGAACUUUUCUGUGUUUAUUUUCAUUCCCUGGCAAGGAUCCUGCCACUACACUGUGUAUAACUUGGAAAUGUUGCUGUUGUGGUUUUUCGCUAUGGGUUUCUAAUGAAGAUAGACACCAAUGAAUGUGUGAUUAACUAGGAAUAAUGUCUUGUGGUUGUCUAUGUAUUUUUUUUCUAUUUAUUUAUCAAAUGUUUAUGUGCCGUUUUGGGGAUAAAGGCUUUUAUACGAGCUCUAUGAGCACAGCAGGAUUCUAAAAAGAAAAUCUAUAAUAAAUCAUAUCAAUAUCCUA